GGAGUUUGGCUGCCACCAAAGUUACUUCCAGUCCUUACUGUCCCUCCUGCCCUUGUCUGGUCCUGCCCUGGGACCCCUGCUUCAAGCCUGGCCUCAGUGAGGGCACAGAGGCACCAGGAAGCCCCCGCCAGUUACUCUUGGCUCCUCAACUAGCUGCCUACUUCCAGUGGCUUAUGGGGUAUAAUCCUGUCCAGCUCCGCUGAGAUGAUCCUGGCCUCUCCCUCCACCCCGUCCAGGGGACGCACCCCCAGCGCGGUGGAGAGGCUGGAGGCCGACAAAGCCAAGUAUGUCAAGACCCACCAAGUCAUAGCACGACGCCAGGAGCCCGCUCUGCGUGGGGGUCCCGGACCGCUCACCCCACACCCCUGCAAUGAGCUGGGGCCCCCUGCAUCGCCCAGGAUGCCCGGGCCCGCCCGCCGGAGCAGCGGCAGGCGGCUGCCAAGGCCUGACUCCCUCAUCUUCUACCGCCAGAAGCGGGACUGCAAGGCUUCGGUGAACAAAGAGAACGCCAAGGGCCAGGGGCUGGUGAGGCGCCUCUUCCUGGGCGCCCCCCGAGACGCCACCUCGAGCAGUCCGGGCCCAACCGAGCGACCAGCGGCUCCUGGGGUUUGGGCCGCGCCCCAAGAUGCCCAGGAAGCGUCAGGAAAGCGGGCGCUGUGCCCUACAUGCUCACUACCCCUGUCGGAGAAGGAGCGCUUCUUCAACUACUGCGGCCUGGAGCGCGCGUUGGUGGAGGUGCUGGGCGCUGAGCGCUUCUCUCCGCAGAGCUGGGGCGCCGACGCCAGCUCCCAGUCUGGAACGUCGCCGCCGCUAGGCUCUGGGGACGCCAGCGACUGGACGUCCAGCGACAGCGACACGGAUCGCCCGGACGGAGCUGGCGGCGGCGGCGGCGGCGGCUCGGAGGCGGCGGGCUCGGCGCGAGACGGGCGCCCCCCGGUGUCGGUGGUGGAGCGCAACGCGCGCGUCAUCCAGUGGUUGUACGGCUGCCAGCGCGCCCGCGGCCCGCCGCGCGAGUCGGAGGUGUGAUCGCGGCCGCUCGGGAGCAGGCUCCCGGGGAGUCCGGGGUCCGGGGUCCGGGGUCCCGGGUCCCAGGAGGGCUAAGGGGUGGACGCAGGGCUGGACCCGGGCACGGGCAGGGGCGCCCUGCCUCUGAGGCGCCGGGUGCCUUUAGGAAAGCCCUUCCCUCUGGAUUCUUGGCCCCCGCCCCGUCCCGUCCCGUGAACCUUGGGAGGCUGGGACAGAAUGAUUCGGAAGGCCCUUCCCAGAGCAGACGACCGAGGGGGAGGGGGCAGCUACGUGGCUCCUGUGGAGGCCGGAUCUGGGGAGAGAAGCCUGGGGUGGGAGAUCGGAGAACCUGCUGAAUAAAGCCAAA